AUGUCCCUCAAAAGAAAUAUUGAGGAGGUUAACCGAGAUGUGAAGAGGCUCAAGGUCCAACCUUCUGGUGCCUUGCUUACAUUUUUUGGCACAUUGACUGAAAGUGAAAAGGGUGAAGCUGUGAUGAAGAGCAACCAAGAGAUGAAAUUUCCAUUCCAAUUAACAAAUGCAACUUUGCCAAAAUGCUGUGAUAUAGAACGUUUUCGAAACCCACCCACAGAUAGUAAAGAGGAACAUUACCAAGCAUACUUUAUUAAUGCUUGUUCAAAGCUCCCUAAUAAGCGAGUUUCUGUAGAAGACACCCACAAAUUUCCAGUGUUACUGACGAGAAAACCUGAUUGUGUGACAAUAGAUGAAGAUCAUGGGUUGGAUCCCCUUAAUGUUGAGAUGGUAAUUGAAAUUAAACCACAACGAAAAACUCGGUUCUCCGAUCAGGACAUUGGGCAAGUGCUAGCAUUUGCAGAAAAAGUCUUGCAACUACAGUCAAGGCGACAUUUUGUAUUUGCAAUACUCACAGAUUGCCACCACAUACAAUUAUUUGAAGUAGCAAGGGUUCCUAAUUCUUAUGAAACAUUUACAUAUCGAUAUACAACACGUGAAUUUUUAAAGUAUGAAGGUACUGGCACCCCACCUCUAGGAUGGAGAUGGUUAGUGACCUUACUUAGCCAACAAUCCAGCUCACUUGGUUGGAUAGAACCUGAAUUGCAAUAUGACAACAAAACUGUAAAGUUACUUCAGUUUGUGAAUGUGGGGCAGACAAGUAUUGUGUAUAAAGGAGAAUAUGAGGGACAGUCUGUUGCAAUUAAAAUAUUGAAACACCCAGAUAAAUUCCAGAAAUACCUUCAUGCUGAAAUUGAAAUAAUGAAGAAAUUGUCAACCCUUAACUCUGCAAGUCUUCCACACUUGGUUCUCCAUGAUGAUAUCUCUUUGGUUAUGACUCCACUAUGUGAUAAUAUUAGACGUUUGCAAAAAGGUGAUAUAUCUCACAUUGUUUUGACUUUACAAAAAGUACAUACAUCUGGAAUUCGACAUCGAGAUUUACAGAGACAGAAUAUUGUACGUGAUUGUACAUCUAGAGUACCUGUUCUUAUUGAUUGGGGAUGUGGUGUGGAUGGCAACCAGACAUUGCCUUUUGCUGGAGGUGUUGAUUGUGCUGCUGAUUAUGUGCUAGCAAGAAUUGAUGAAUCUUUUGUGUAUAAACCAGAGUAUGAUCUGAUCAGUUUUAUCCGGAGCAUCUAUAUUAUGUUGCAUAAACCUGAUUACUUUCCAAAACUUUCUUUUGGAAAAGAAGAUGGAGUAACUCAAAUUGCCCAGAGUGUUGCAGAUUUUUGGAAAUACCAUGCAAGAUCUGAAUUCUGGAAAGAAAUGUAUGAUAAAGCUCAACAUUUAGACUAUGAAGGUCUGAUUCAUCAAUUAGAAGAGUUAUUUUGA